AUGGCUACCAACGACAUCUCUGCAGCUUCCAAAGAUCCUCUCGCGAUCCAACUCCAAAUCCCGCUUGUGGACGGUUAUAACCAUUUUGCCAUGCGUAGAAAACACUUUGACGUACGGACCACCGCAGAGCCCAACAUUUCGGUGGGAAAUAAGGAUGAAGAGACACAUCAGCUGGAUGCAGAAGAGGAGCGAAAGAAAGAACGGAGGAUGGACAAAAAAACCCGAGGCCAAAGGAUCAAAGAAAUUAAAACUUUCAUUUGGAAUCCAGAGACCAGGGAAUGUUUGGGCCGGUCCGCUCGGAGUUGGAGUCUGAUACUCCUUUUUUAUCUUGUCCUGUACACCUUCCUGGCUGGCAUGUUCAUAUUCUGCAUGUAUGUAGUCUUGAUCACGCUGAGCCCCUACACGCCGCGGUACAGGGACAGGGUGGCCCCUCCAGGAGUGACGAUUAGACCGUACCUAAAUCAAGCCUACAACAUUGCCUUCAGGGUCUCCCAACCUACUUCCUGGCAGCCUUACGUGGACAACCUGGAACUGUUCUUAAAAGAGUAUGAUGACAAGAUUCAAGAAAGCAGCAAUAUCCCGUGCACCUCGGGCUCGUAUUUUGUGCAAGACAGCGACGAAACCGCGGUGAAGAAAGCUUGCCAAUUCAAGAGGUCCCAACUGAUGAAGUGCUCCGGAGUUCAGGAUAAGACCUUCGGCUAUUCACAGGGCCAGCCUUGCAUAUUGCUAAAGAUGAACCGCAUCAUCGGGUAUCAGCCUGGCUACGGCACUCCAGUUAAUGUGAGUUGCAAAAUCCAGAAAGGCGAACCAAGUCACCUCCAGUCACUGGACUUUUUCCCAAGCGAGACAUUUGAUCCCAUGUAUUUCCCUUAUUAUGGCAAACUUACGCACGUGAACUACACACAACCUUUGGUAGCCAUUCAUUUCACAGGGAUUACGAGAAACCAGACCUUGGACAUUCAAUGCCAGCUGAAUGGCAAAGGGAUUAUCAACACGGUUAACAACGAUCGUUUUUUGGGGCGAAUCAUUUUCACACUAACCGUCAACAGCUAA